AAGGCGGAUUUGAGGAAUAUUCCCUAUGCGGCAAUCCUGAAAACGCCAGCCGUAUGGGCCGUAUGGGUAGCAGCAAUUGGGAACUUCUUCUGCGUCAACAUGCUAUUCCUGUUCUCACCAAUCUACAUCAACAAGGUGUUGGGUUUCGAGGUACGAUCAACUGGUCUGGGUGCAGCAUUCGCACCGCUCGUACAGUUCUGUGUGAAACUUUCAAUCGGUGAGAAAUUGUCAUUUUUAUUCACAUGCGACAUUAUUUGA